CCAUUCCGUCCAAUCGGGAGCCGGAGUCUAGUAUCUCCCAUAAGCCACGCCCUCUUUGGUACCCGGCUCUAGGACACGCCCACUGGAGCUCACUGAGGCGGAUUCUCGCGGAGCCGGCUAUCUAAGGUUUGCUUAGUUCCAAACGUCGUGAUGGUGGACAGAGGAGGGGGAGUGCUUGUCAGCCUUACUCACCCCAACACCUCACUGAGUUUGCCAGGCAAUGGGGGCAGCUUGGUGCUUACCAGAGGAGGGGACCCAGGCCCUGGACUGACUGGGGCUGUAGUAGAGAUGGGUGGACCUGGAACGCUUCCUGUGCCCAUGAAUCUGUUUGCUACUUGGGAGGUGGACCGCUGCUCCCCGAGCUGUGUACCACGGCUCUGCAGUCUUACCCUGAAAAAACUCCUGGUUCUCCGGGAACUGGACCGUGAUUUAACCUCUGUUGUCAUUGCUGUUAAAUUGCAGGGAUCCAAGCGAGUUUUGCGCUCCAAUGAGUACAUACUGCCCCCUUGUGGUGUGAUGGAGACUGACCUGGAGCUAAGCUUUUCUCUGCAGUACCCUCAUUUUUUAAAGAGAGAUGCAAACAAUUUGCAGAUCAUGCUACAGAGGAGGAAGAGAUACAAAAACCGCACCAUCCUGGGCUAUAAAUCUUUGGCUAUUGGAGUAAUUAACAUGGCUGAGGUAAUGCAACAUCCCACAGAAGGAAUGAGAGUUCUAGAUCUCCAUAGCAAUAGGAAAGAUCCCACUUUCCGAGUGGCUGAAAUUAGUAUCCUCUCCUUGUCAAGUCAGCCAAUCGAUCACGAGGAUGUCAACGUGCCAGCGGGGCCUAAAGUCAAGGGUUUGGAUAUUGACCGCUACUGGGAGGAAGAAGAGUAUGAGGACAGCUAUUCUUCAGAACCAGAGGGCAGCGAUGAAUGCCAGGGGCAGGAUGUAGAUGAUGACGAGGAUGAAAUCAGAAAGCCAAAGAAACUGAGCAGGAAGUUAAUGCGCAGCACGUCACUAAAUCGACAGCCAAAUUUCAAACAGAAGUUUGUGUCGUUGCUGAAGAGGUUCAAGGUGAAUGAUGAUCCACUGGACGCAGAACAUACUUGUCGGGAGCCAGAUGAGGAAGAGGAGCUUGGACUAUUGUAUGACAGUCUGGAUGAAUGUAAUAACAGUGAAAGCGGCUUCGACAUAGAGGACAAUGACAGUGUCAUGAGCACCCCAAAACCAACUUUGAGGCGGUACUUUGAGGGGAUUUCAAACUCUGGAUCCCAGACAGAAAUUGGCAGCAUUAACAGCCAGAAGGAGAUAGACAAGAACUUCAGCACAGAAACAGAAUGUUUGAAGGUUCCCGGUGCAACUCGAUUAGAAGAUCAUGAGAGCCGUCCAACUACAGAGGUAAGUGAGCCUGCUUCAGGCCUGUCUCUAGCUUCGGAUCUUGGUCCGUGGGAAAGCACAGAGAGGGUGCCACACCUUGGCAUGAUUGGCAGAGCUGAGUCACAGAUUAUCAUGUCUCCUAGGCAGGAGAACAAGUUGUCUCGUGGUCCUCGUAGUAUCUCCAUGAAGGAUCGUCAAAACCCACGUGUUACAAGCGAUCGUGGAAGCAGCCUGGAGGGCGAAUGCUCUCCUGACUCACGACUCUGUAGUCAGGUGCCACGGAAAUCUGUGUUGGAUGAGUUAAAUGAGAUCCUGGGCUCAGACCAGCAGCUUCCUGAGAGUGUCAUCUUACUGAGCACCUCAGAGUGGCAGGGACAGUAUCUUAGUGAGCAGCUGAAGGGAAAGCUAAUGACCGUAUCCACGUGUUCCUCAGCGGAUGUGCAAGCUGCUUUCAACGGUAUCAUUACCCGUAUUCAGAGAUACUGUAACUGCAAUUCUUUAAUGCCACCUCCGGUGAGGGUCCUUAUUGCUGGAGAUCAAAGUUACCUGAGUGUAAUCCUUAGGUUCUUUGUGGAGCAACUAGCAGGGAAAACACCAGACUGGCUGAACUAUCUACGCUUCCUCAUUCUGCCACUAGGCCCUCAUCCUGUGGCAAAAUACCUUGCAUCCAUCGAUAGUAAAUACAGCUCUCUGUUCAUGGAUACCGCUUGGAGGGACCUGUUUAAUCAAGGAGAACCCCCCAAUUCAGACCGACUAGACGUGGCAGGACGAGUGGCACAGUAUUUGACUGGGGCUUCAGUCUCACACCAGCUCUCCAUUUCAGAAGCAAUGCUUACGUACAGACAGAGAAGUGCCGAAGAAGAUUCAUGCCAGAAAUUUAUUCCUUUCAUUGGGGUUGUGAAGGUGGGCAUUGUAGAGCAGCCAAUGGCAGCUUCAGUGGACUCAGAUGAAGCUUCAGUCUGUAGUCCUUCUCUCUUGAGCUCCUCUUCAUCUCCUGGUGGGAGCACUUCGAUGAGUAAGGACCCAGUGUCUACUCCUCCCCCGUCUCCCUCCGUCAGCAGUGGCCUGUCUAAUGCUGGGACCCUGGUGCACCCUCAGGGUGCCGAAGUGAUGGGACUACAGGUGGAUUACUGGCAGUGGCAAGGAGCAGAACGCAGGAAGGAUGGGGAUAGAAGAGACACUGCCACCAAAAACACCAUGAAGAGCAACUUCCGCUCUCUGCAAGUCAGCCGCUUGCCCCCAGCCGGAGAGACCACCCUCCCAAAUUCGAUGACCAUGACUAUUGUCACUCAAGAGAAAAACAAGAAGGUCAUGUUCCUCAGUAAGAAGCCUAAGGAGAAAGAAGCGGAAUCUCGCAGUCAGGUGAUCGAAGGCAUCAGUCGUUUGAUCUGCACAGCAAAGAACCAGAACACCAUGCUGAGAGUGACCAUUGAUGGCGUGGAAUGGAAUGAUGUCAAGUUCUUUCAACUGGCAGCUCAAUGGCCGACGCACGUCAAGCAGUUCCCAGUGGGCAUCUUUGGCUACACGAAAAUCCUGUGAUGUUCCUGUGAAGCCAUCAUGCACAAAUGGCGUAGAGAGACAGGAUUGCUGCAGGAACAAUCACUGUUUAUCCCUAUAUGCCUUCAUGCUUUGAGGUAGCCGCUACAACAUGACAAAUUAAUCCUUUUCUGAGGAUUAGUCACUAAAAAACCCUGGCCAGCACUUUUCAUACAGCCCAAGGUAUAUUCUUAUUAGUUAACCCCCUCACUGACCCACUAACCCUCUACCGGGUCUGCAAUGACACAUAAGUAAGAAAGACAGUAUUUAGAGGAGUGAAUGAGAAAGGAAGACCAGUGCAAGAUUCAGGUGAUAAACUAAGGACUUCUCACUUAAUGUAGAAUUCAGAAAUCUUGAAAUUAUUUUACACUAGGUAUAAAUUUGAGACCAUUUCUAAAUUGUCUACUUUGUUACUAGCACCCCCCCCCCCCCCCCCCAGUGAUGAGUCUUCUCACAAGUCCCUGUAUGUACAAUAUAUUUUAGAAUAUGUUUAUGACUGCCAUCUUUCAGGAUUUACAUUUUAGUCCCCGCACAGCGAGCACUGCUCAGACUAGAGACCGUCACAGCGAGCACUGCUCAGAGUAGAGACCGUCACAGCGUGACCUGCUCAGACUAGAGACCGUCACAGCGAGCACUGCUCAGAGUAGAGACCGUCACAGCGAGCACUGCUCAGACUAGAGACCGUUACAGCGAGCCCUGCUCAGACUAGAGACCGUCACAGCGAGCCCUGCUCAGACUAGAGACCGUCACAGCGAGCCCUGCUCAGACUAGAGACCGUCACAGCGUGACCUGCUCAGACUAGAGACCGUCACAGCGUGACCUGCUCAGACUAGAGACCGUCACAGCGUGACCUGCUCAGACUAGAGACCGUCACAGCGUGACCUGCUCAGACUAGAGACCGUCACAGCGUGACCUGCUCAGACUAGAGACCGUCACAGCGUGACCUGCUCAGACUAGAGACCGUCACAGCGUGACCUGCUCAGACUAGAGACCGUCACAGCGUGCACUGCUCAGACUAGAGACCGUCACAGCAUGCACUGCUCAGACUAGAGACCGUCACAGCGUGCACUGCUCAGACUAGAGACCGUCACAGCGUGCACUGCUCAGACUAGAGACCGUCACAGCGUGCACUGCUCAGACUGGAAACCGUCACAUCGUGCACUGCUCAGACUAGAGACCGUCACAGCGUGCACUGCUCAGACUAGAGACCGUCACAGCGUGCACUGCUCAGACUAGAGACCGUCACAGCGUGACCUGCUCAGACUAGAGACCGUCACAGCGUGCACUGCUCAGACUAGAGACCGUCACAGCAUGCACUGCUCAGACUAGAGACCGUCACAGCGUGCACUGCUCAGACUAGAGACCGUCACAGCGUGCACUGCUCAGACUAGAGACCGUCACAGCGUGCACUGCUCAGACUGGAAACCGUCACAGCGUGCACUGCUCAGACUGGAAACUGUCACAGCGUGCACUGCUCAGACUGGAAACUGUCACAGCGUGCACUGCUCAGACUGGAAACCGUCACAGCGUGCACUGCUCAGACUAGAGACCGCCACAACUGGCACUGCUCAGACUAGAAACCAUCACAGCGUGCACUGCUCAGACUAGAGACCGCCACAACGGGCACUGCUCAGACUAGAAACCGUCACAGCGUGCACUGCUCAGACUAGAGACCGCCACAACUGGCACUGCUCAGACUAGAAACCGUCACAGCGCGCACUGCUCAGACUAGAGACCGCCACAACGGGCACUGCUCAGACUAGAAACUGUCACAGCGUGCACUGCUCAGACUAGAGAACGUCACAGCAACUAGAGACUGUCACAGCGUGCACUGCUCAGACUAGAGACCGUCACAGCGUGCACUGCUCAGACUAGAGACC